AUGGGCCCUCAAGUUAUCGCGGCCGCCUCCAACGGCCUCUCUCAUGAGGAUGAGCCUAUGCCCAAGUUCCAAAGUCGCAGAACUAGAAGCGGCCGAAAGCUGUGGUAUUCCCUGAGAGUCGUUCAAGAACCCCUGCGCGCGAGAGCGUGCGGUUCGGGUCCUAAAUCAUCCGCCGACCGUCGCCCCGUGGACCCCCCUCCGGUCGUCGAGCUGCGCAUCUUUGAGGGUGAAGAGCUUAGCGUUGCCCAGGAGAGGGAUGUUACCUUCCAGUAUAACGCCAACUUCUUCCUCUAUGCCACGCUCGAGCACGCCCGUGUUAUGGCACAGGGCCGUCUGCAGACCCCUUCGGCCAACACACCGCCUGUGCUGACUGGCAUGCCUGUCUCCGGCAUGGCUUAUCUUGACCGACCCAAGUUGGCUGGCUACUUCUUGUUCCCCGAUCUGUCGGUUCGCCACGAGGGUCGCUAUAAACUGACAUUCAACCUGUACGAAGAGACCAAGGAGGACAAGGACAAAGACCCAGAAGAUCCCAACGCCCCCCACGACGGCUCGCCAGGAUCCUUUGACUUCCGAAUGGAUAUCAAGUCCCAUGACUUCGUCGUCUAUAGCGCCAAAAAGUUCCCCGGAUUGACCGAGAGCACGCCCCUCAGCCGUACCGUCGCCGAACAGGGAUGUCGCGUUCGUAUUAGGCGUGAUGUGAGGAUGAGACGUCGCGAUGGAAAAGGAAACGGUGGUGGUAACGACUAUGAGAACGGCGAGGAGGAAUAUAGGAGGGCCCGGAGAACCGCCACGCCCGACACUGCGAAGCAGGAAGCUUACCGACAAAGAUCAAUGAGCGGAAGCACCGAGAGGACACCCUACUCCGCCAUUAGUGAUCCCCAACGCCGGCCUUCGAUGGCUGACUACCCGCCUCAAUACGCCGCCCAGACACCGACAUCCGGAGGCGGCCAUCUGGGGUUCUUGGGAGGGAACAACUCGCAUCACCAGUAUCCCGCUCAACCACCACCACAAAGUUUCGUCCAAUCGCACUCGGUUCCCCCUUCACCCGGCUACCCCACGAGCCAACGCGCGCUUUAUCAACAACACCAGCCGUCUUCCUACCCUCAGCCGCCACCGCCCUACCAGCCGGUAUACCAGUCCGAGCAGCAUCAACCAUCGCGGUCCUAUGCGCCCAUCAACCCCGUCCCUCGUCACGACAGCAUCCACCAAAGUCCGAACGACUACAGACUGCCGCCGCUCAGUGAGGCCGUUACUCCUGCUCGUCCUCCUUCGGAGCCUCCUCACCACCACACAUCCAUCGCUCCCAAACGUCCGUUCCUGCCUCCUCUGAUAGUUGACCGCCAUCCCUCUGUUAGCAACAACCACAUUCCAAUGGUCAGCCCCAGCAGCAGCAUGGCUGCUCCGCCUUAUCCUCGUGCCUAUUCUGUUAGCAGCAGCGGCGGUCCCUCAAGUUCUGGCGGUUACCUUCCGCCGCCUCCCAUGCCGCCUUCGCAGGUCGCUGGCUCAAAGCGUGCACACGAUCAGACGUUCGGGGUAGCCGCUGGGCGGUACCACAAUGGGGCGCGCGAGCCGGAGCAUGUGGAGGACGUGGAGCCGCCAAUUCAGUUCAAAUAUAGGCGUGCUGACGGUACCUUUGAGUGCAAGCGGUCGGAUUUUGACAACUACCAAAGUUGA